AUGUACAGAAACAAGAUCCCAGAGGCGAUCGUGAACUGGACACAAAGCAUGCUAAUGGGCAGAAGUCUAACCGUAAGCCUGGUGGUCGAUGACCUUCUGGCUGAAUUAAAAGAAGCAGGAUUCCUGGUAUAUGGCUACGCGGAUGACGUGGCCAUCAUUGCCAGAAGAAAUUUCAUAACGAUCCUCAAGGAAAGGAUGGACGCAGCCUUGAGGAUAGUUCAAACCUGGUGCAGAAAGAAGGGACUGUCGGUCAAUUCAUCUAAGACCUCGGCAGUGGUCUUCACCAGGAAAUACAAACCCGAACACAUAGAGCCACUAAAGCUCUGGGGCAGAGAAAUAACUUACACAAGCUCGGUGAAGUAUCUUGGAGUGAUCCUGGAUGCUAAACUGAGCUGGCUGCCAAACCUCGAGGAGAAGAGAAGAAAGUUCUAUACCACCAUGUGGGCUUGUAGAAGAGUAAUGGGUAGAAACUGGGGGCUUCACCCCAGGGCUGCCCUUUGGCUGUAUAGGACGGUGUUGCUGCCAAGACUAACCUAUGCAGCGGUAGUAUGGAGGCCGAGAAUGGAGAGGGUGAAGGCCAGGAACCUGUUAAAAAGCCUACAGGGUAGUUAUCUGAGGGCUGUGACAGGGACCAUGAGAACCACCCCGACGGAGGCGCUGAAAGUAGCUCUCUGCUGCCCAUCUCUCGGUCAGCUGAUAAAAUACCAAGCCAGGAGAACGGCUUAUAGACUUAGAUGUCAGGGGGAAUGGAAAGAUACUGGUCUAGGACACACUAGACUGGGACUUUCUCAGAAGUACCCCUUCAUGUUAAAACAGGAUAGAAUUCCAAGAAAACAUCAGUUGGAGAAGAAAUUUAAAGUUUUAAUACCAACUAGGGACGACUGGACAAACGGAUUGGGUGUAAAUGGUCGGUAUGGGGUAGGAAUCUAUGGGCCGAAAAGAAACCAUAGAGAAAGCAUACCUUUGGGCUGGCUGGCCACAGUCUUUCAAGCCGAGGUGAUGGCCAUCCUGAGGUGUGCGGAAACCCUUGCUGUAAACGAUAGUGCAAACCAGCACUUUUACAUAUUCUCUGAUAGCAGAGCGGCCAUACAUGCCCUUGCAAAGACCACUACAGAAUCGGCUGUAGUUUGGGACUGCAUGCAGGCAUUAGCUAGACUAGGGGAAUCUAACAAGAUAACUCUAGUAUGGAUCCCAGGACAUCAGGGGUUUCUCGGGAACGAGAUAGCCGACGAGUUAGCCAAGCUGGGGACCCAAAUGGACCCAGCCACGCAGAUCGUUGGAGUAGCUUUUGUAACGGGAAUCAACAUCAUCAGAGGAUGGCUUGAGCGAGAGCACGUUGGCUCCUGGAGAGCAGUGGGGGGCUGCCGGACAGCUAAACGGCUAAUGGAGCAACCAUCGGGGAGAGCCAACGAGCUCCUGGCCAUAAACAGACUAAGACUGAAGGUGGGAUUGUGUCUUCUCACGGGACACAUCACACUGAGGAGCCAUCUAAACAAACUUGGGCUUACGGAACAAAGUGACUGUCGCCUAUGUGGUGAGGAGAGAGAGGACAGCGCUCACAUUUUAUGUUGGUGUCCUGUACUCACAUGUAAAAGGUAUAGAUCCUGGGGCUGCGUGUUCAUGGAGCCUGAGGAUCUAAACGGAAAAAGGGUUAGCAGCUUGAUUAACUUGGUGUCAGAUACUAGGCUGGGUUUAUUAGCGCAAUCCUAA